GACUGUGAGUGUGCUCCAAAUAGAACUUCAGCCGUCUUCUUUCGUGGGGGCUAGUUUCUUGCCGUGAUGGACGUGCAUGGCUUGCCUAUGUGGGGAGGGAGUGGACUAUACAAAGGUACCUGCGCUAGAGCACAAGAACACGCUCGUUUUCCUCAACUCGUUCGUCACUCAGACUGCGCAGUUUCUCAACAGUUCUCGGCAGCUGUGAAGAGAGACUUGGUGAGCUGAGUCUCCGGAUACAGAGGCUGGAUAUAUCACUCAACAUACUAGAGGCUAAGGUGGGAGAGUUCUUAUAGUAGUAGGUAAUGGAACUGUUCUUGUGUGCAAACAUAUGUACCAGCAUACAUCAAUAACCAUCAGUAUCUCUGCAGAGCAAGGUUCACUUGUCUGGCCAACAUGAAUGUGUGGGUACAACCUGUUUUUGUGUUGACAGCGUGGUUUUAUUACUCUUCUUUCUUCCGACAUAUGAACCUCCUUUUUUC